AAAUAAAGGGCCGGAUUACCGGGUUAAGAUUGGAGUGGACAUUUUCAUUUUCAUUUUCUCUUUGGUUGAAACAGUUAGAAGGAAGAAGUUUAAGAUCUCAGUUCCAAAAUCUUUAAGCCCAGCCACUUUGGAGAUCUCCGCCGGCGGCAGAGGAGUAGGAAUUUGCCGUCAGCCAUAUACUCCGGUUAAUCUCACCGCAGAGCCACUCAUUCUCGCCGUCUCUUCCUCAACCUGACCUGACCGUCUCAAGGCUAGACGCCGGUGACGCCUGAAGCAUUGGACAAUGUCUGGAAUGGCAUCGAAGUUCGGGCUGGCCGGAGGGAUACCUGAGCGUCGAGUCCGGCCUGUUUGGGACGCCAUCGACUCUCGCCAGUUCAAGAACGCUCUCAAGCACUGCACCAGUCUGCUCUCCAAACACCCCAAUUCCCCCUACGCUCUUGCACUUAAGGCUCUCAUUUUGGAAAGAAUGGGCAAACCCGAAGAAGCAUUAUCUGUUUCCUUGAAUGCCAAAGAGCUCUUGCGUACCAAUGAUUUUGCCUUGAUUGACGAUCUCACUCUCAGCACAUUGCAGAUAGUUUUCCAGCGACUUGGUCACUUGGAUGUGGCAACUAGCUGUUAUGAGUAUGCUUGUGGGAAAUUUCCUAGCAACAUGGAACUAGUGAUAGGCCUUUUCAACUGCUAUGUUCGUGAAUAUGCAUAUGUGAAGCAGCAACAGAUAGCUAUCAAGAUGUACAAGAUUGCUGGUGAAGAAAGGUUCUUGCUUUGGGCAGUUUGCAGCAUUCAGUUGCAGGUUCUUUGUGGUAAUGGGGGUGAAAAGCUAUUACUUUUAGCAGAAGGUUUGCUCAAGAAACACAUAGCAUCUCAUAGUUUGCAAGAGCCAGAAGCUCUUAUCAUAUAUAUUUCUCUAUUGGAACAACAAUCUAAAUAUGGAGAUGCCUUAGAAGUUCUUUCAGGAAAAUUAGGGUCUCUUAUUAUGAUUGAAGUUGAUAGGUUACGUUUACAGGGGAGGCUUCAUGCUAAAGCUGGUGAUUAUGAUGCCGCAAGCAGCGUAUUUCAGGAUAUAUUGAGAAAAUGUCCUGAUGAUUGGGAGUGCUUCCUCUUCUAUCUAGGGUGUCUGAUGGAGGAUGGCAGUAGCUUGUGCCACGAAUCUAAUAGCGAGCACAUUUAUCUGCCUAAAUAUGUAGACUGCAAGGUUUCCCACUUAUCAGAUCAGAUAUUUGAUUCUCGGAUAGAAAAUGCAUCAUCAUUUGUACACCAGUUGCUAGUGGAAGCAAAUAAUGAUUCUAUAAGAUGUCCGCAUUUAGCAAUCCUUGAAAUUGAAAGGAGGAAGUUUCUGAACGGAAAGGGUGAUCCUGAUAAGUUAAUGGAGACUUUGGUGCAUUACUUUCUCAGGUUUGGGCAUUUGGCAUGUUUUUCAUCUGAUGUGGAUAUGUUUCUUCAAGUUUUAAGUAACGAUGAUCAGUGUGAGCUUUUGAAGAGGCUGGUCAAAGAGUGUCAGUCUAUAGAGACAGUUCCAACAAAGGCUCUUGGGAAGUCUGUCACUGUAUUCAAGAUUCAAAACACUGUAGGACAGCUGUUCACACUCCCCAUAGAUGAACUUGAGAAGCUAGCGAUUCAGAUGACAAGCAUGUACUGUAAGAACCUUGCUUUAUCCAAAGAUUUAGAUGUGCAAGAGAGUAUGUAUGGUGAAGAGCUUUUGACUAUGGCAUGCAAUGUGUUGGUUCAGCUUUUCUGGCGCACAAGGAAUCUUGGCUACCUGUUAGAGUCAAUCUUGAUCUUAGAGUUUGGUCUGACUGUCCGCAGAUUUGUGUGGCAGUAUAAAAUCCUUUUGUUGCAUUUAUAUUCUCACUGGGGCUCUCUUCCAUUGGCCUAUGAAUGGUACAAGUCACUUGAUGUCAAGAAUAUUUUGCUGGAAACUGUAAGUCACCACAUUUUACAGCAGAUGUUGGCAUCUCCAUUGUGGGCAGACUCUAGUGAUAUUUUGAGGGGCUACUUAAAAUUCAUGGAUGAUCACUUCAAAGAAUCUGCUGAUCUUACAUUUCUUGCCUAUCGCCACCGGAAUUACUCAAAAGCUAUUGAGUUCGUUCAAUUCAAAGAACGGUUACAGCGUUCCAGUCAGUAUGUGAUGGCAAAGAUCGAAGCACCUAUUUUGCAGAUGAAACAAAAUGCUAAUAGCAUUGAGGAAGAGGAGUGCAUUCUAGAAAGUGUGAAGUCUGGAGUUCAGAUUCUUGAGCUCUCAAAUGAAAUAGGAUCCAAGCCAUUGACUUUCAAUCAAGAUUUACAACUACGGCCUUGGUGGACUCCCACAUAUGAUAAAAAUUAUCUGUUAGAUCCAUUUGAAGGAGCUUCCUAUUGUCCCAGAGAAACCUUGCAUAAGCAAAUCCAAAAAUCAGAAGCAAAUGUGAUUAAGAACAUUGAGAAGAGGUCCCUUCUCCCACGGAUGGUUUAUCUCUCAAUGCAUUGUGCAGCAUCAUCAGUGAAGGAAACCAUCGAAAGCGAUGGCUCAGACUUUGCCUCUAAAUUCUCAUCAGAGUUAAAACACUUGCUCGAUCGGUAUGCACAUACCUUGGGAUUUUCUUUGCAAGAUGCUUUGGAACUGGCAUUUGCAGUAUUGAAUGGCCAUAAACAGUUACAGGAAUGGAAUGCCGAUCUGGUAGGCUGGAUGAAUUUUGUUGUCUUCUUGAAUGCUUGGAACCUACAAUCUCACGAGGCACCUAUGACUACGUGGGACCUCGUGAAUUCAUUGCUGAAGAGGUGCAUAGAGGAAAAGAUCACAUCCAUCGGAUCACAUGUCCCAUCACCCGGCAAUGAUCUUCCCACCCUCGUCCAGUUGCUAACCGAACCCUUCUCUUGGCACACACUGGUGAUGCAAUCAUACGCGCGCUCUCUGUACCCCUCUGGGAAAAGGAAAAAGAAAGUUGGGCCCACGGGAGAUCAGCCAAACACUUCUUCUUCUUCUUCUUCUUCUUCUUCUCAAGGAGGUAUAGUGAUACAAGACUCUGUCCAGUCUGCAUGUAACAUCAUUCAGUCCGUAUUGGAUUGGUUAAAGGAACAAAUGAGGAAAGUUGAAGAAGAAGCAGAGUUGGAAAGUUUGCUUUCUUCUCUUCUUCAUCAUGGAGACAGCCCGGAAAGCGAAGGCGGGCCAGGGAAAGUGCUUCGGAUCAUUAACGGGUUAACGUCUCCCGGGAAUGAUGACGUGGCAGAAGUCGGUGACCGGGUGUCACAAGCGUUGCUGACGUGGAGUCCUGCUGAUGUCGUGAGGAAAAUCACCAGCGGGCAGCUUUCGCUGUUGAGAGAGCUCAACACCAUUUGUGAAGCUAAAGCCAAAUCACUACAGGCACUGAAAUCUCAUUUGUAGCCUGUUUUUUUUCUUUUUUGCAGUUCAAUUCUCACUUUGUCUCAUUAUUUUUUGAGGCAUUUCUUUUCUUCCCAAAAAUGCUGCAGAAUUUUUUUAUUAAAAAAAAAUCAAUUUUGGAUUCGAUU